UGCCUGGCAGGAAACAUUGCCAUUUGCCAAGCGGAAGUCAAAUAAACUGCUAAGAUACUCAUUCAAGAUGUCGGAACGGUACAGCUUCUCUCUGACAACGUUCAGUCCCUCGGGCAAGCUUGUACAGAUUGAGUAUGCACUAGCAGCUGUUGGAGCUGGAGCCCCGUCAGUGGGAAUCAAAGGUACAAAUGGCGUCGUUUUAGCCACAGAGAAAAAGCAGAAGUCCGUGCUGUAUGAUGAACACAGCAUUCACAAGAUUGAGCCAGUCACUAAAGGCAUUGGCAUGGUCUACAGUGGCAUGGGGCCAGACUUCAGGGUGCUGACACGUCGCGCCAGGAAGCUAGCGGCUCAGUACUACCUGACGUACCAGGAGCAGAUCCCUGUGGACCAGCUGGUGCAGAAAGUGGCCAACGUCAUGCAAGAAUUCACACAGUCUGGAGGUGUGCGUCCCUUUGGAGUGUCCCUCCUACUGGCGGGCUGGAACCACGACGAGCAGAAACCUUAUCUGUACCAGUGUGACCCUUCGGGAGCCCAUUUUGCGUGGAAGGCCACAGCCAUGGGCAGAAAUCAUGUGAAUGGGAAAACCUUCUUGGAGAAACGAUACAGCGACACACUUGAGCUCGAGGAUGCUGUCCACACUGCCAUCCUCACCCUGAAGGAGAGUUUUGAAGGACAAAUGACGGAGGACAAUAUUGAGAUUGGUAUCUGCGACGUCAACGGUUUCCGGCGACUGAAUCCCUCCGAGGUCAAAGACUAUCUAGCCUCUGUGUCUUAAUAAUCUUGCAGCGCUUUGUUUGUUAUGUCAGGUUACCAUUUGAGGACAUUUUUGUGAGUUGUGCGCUUGAGUGUGAUGUCGUGCAGGGUGUGGUUGUCAUUCAUUUGUCAUGAGACUUGGGGCACUUUGCUUUCCUGUUUGUUCACGUAUAUUAUUAUAGUCUUUGACUUGGAGAUAACUAACUGCCUGUUAGUCACUCUCUUCUCAUUAGUUUUGGGCUUGUUCAGUAUAUGUGGAUGAUAUAAAAGUUGUCAUGGAAGAGUUUCUUUCUGAAGUAUACACAACACAGAUUUGAACACAACUGUGCUAAAAAAAUUGAAACAUUGUUUGAUGUUGAAGUGCUGUACACAUGUUCUGUACACUUUGUCAAGAUUGAUGGUUAUUGCUGUUUUUCUUCUUGUGGUUUCACCGUCAAACCUUGUAAUAACAUUGACAGCUGAAUGUCGGAAUUUGUUUGUUCUGUCUAAUCUGUGCAGCGCAUGAGAAUAAGCUUGGUUCAGAGUGGUGGAGUAUACUGAUAGAGUUUUCAGUUUUUGCAGGUGCUCCUUAUCGUGUUGUUGUAAUCUGUUCUCGUUUUCCGUCUGGUGGGAAAGUUUGAGUGGAAAGAUGUCGUUGUGGUGAUUUGUGUGAAAGGUCAUUUUUAUGAAUCAUUGACAUUUCUUUUAUUUUGUGUCAGCACCCAAGGGGAAUUCAGUGUAUUAUUGGAUUUGUUUCUCAAAAUAAACUUUUUGAAACCAA